UCCGAAGCAUUUUGAAACAGAUGUUCUCAGGCUUUGCGUCCUUUUACAUGGCGCUUAAAUUUUUUAGCUGACAUAAGCUAGAUUAAUUAUUUAAAUUUACAUUUAGCUCCAUUUUUAAAAACUCUUGAAAUGUCCGACGAUGAUUGCGAUAUUUUCAGUGCAGCGCGCAGACGGGCACCACCAAAAGCUUUGCCAAAGGAAUCCUCCAAUUUAUUUAAUGAUUCCAUCGCUUCGGAGAUCGACUAUGAUUUCUUGGGCGACUCCACCAUUAAAACAAAAGGAAAAAAGGCUGGGCGACAGAAAAAGACAAAGCCGCUACCGGAACCGGAACCGCUCACUCUUCCACCAGAGCCGGUCCAGAAUGAGACUCCUCCACGCAGCCUGUCGCCAGUGUCACAGUUAUUGUUGGAAAUGGAGAGCACACAGGAAAAUGAAAAAGCGGCAGGAAAUCCCCCCAGGAAAACCCGGGGGAAGAAGAAAGUUGGGAUUGAGCAAAGUCCGGAAAUACCAGAUAUCGUUGGGCCAAUAGCUAGACGCACACGCUCCUCAUUGGGCAAGACAAAUCCUCAGCCUGCCAUAGUGGAGCCCAUUACCAAUUCAACUGCUUCAGAUAAGCCCAAAAAAAGAGCCCCUAGGGCCAGUAAAAGAGCCCCACAGUCGACGACUGCAUGUGAAGAGCCGAUACCUGCCUCUGCAUUACAUAUUAUUGGGCCGAUCGUGGUUCAUAACAGCCGACGUGAGCAAUUGGCUGAAAUGGCAGCGCGUUCCCAAGUGGUGGGCAGCGUAGAUCUAGUGUCAGCGGUGGUGCCUAGGGUGGAGGGAUUUGUUAAUCUAGAUUCGGAUGAUGAAGGACCAGCCGCUGUGCCCAAAGACGAUUCGAAUCCAUUUGAAGAUGACAAUCCCACAAAGGAAGUAGCUGUUUCUUGGAUGGGCGAGAUACAGAUCUAUAAAUUGCGGCGGCAUCAGAAGUUCCAGCACAUGUUUGAGGAGGUGGCCAAGCGCAAUAAUGUAGCUGUCGAGGAAGUGUUGAUAGACAAGUAUUACCAAAUCAUUGAACCCAAUGAUACACCUCAUAGUAUUGGUCUUGAAAGCUUCCAUACACUCACUGGGCAUGCCAACAAAACGAACAACAACUGCAUAGAGACUGGCUCGAUAAAUAAGAAUAAUCACCAAGAGCUAAUUAAGAAACCAAGAAAAUUCCAAGUUAAAGUGCAGUCGAAUAAGUGGAAGCAUCCUAUCGUGAUGGUCAUGAAAAAAACAGAUUCAUUCAAAAUAUUGUACAUCAAGUGCGCCGAGGAGCUCAACCUUUCGGCGCGACUCAUAUCGCUGUUUUUUGAUGGCGAACUCUUGGAUCCUGACGAUACACCCAUAAAUCAGGAUAUGGAGGGCAAUGAAAUUAUUGAUCUGCACAUCAAAUCCUAGAUUAAUAUUUAUUUAAUUAUUUUC